GCUUUAAAAACCACUCAUUACUGAGCAGCUUCUGUUGUACUGUGUGCUUUACAUGUUUUAGUAAUCUUACGACUUUCCAAGAGAGGUAUUAUCCUUGUUUCAUAGAUGAGAAAACUGGGAUUCAGAGAGGGAAUCUUUUAACUGAGCCAAUUGGCUACUUGGAAUCCUGUUUCUCAGCCAAGAAUGGUACUCCAAGGCAGCCAUCCAUUUGUAGUCAUUCGCGGGCUUGUUUGAGGAUAAGAAAGAGCAUCUUUAAUAAUCCUGAACACUCCUUGAUGGGCUUAGAAGAGUUUUCUCAUGUUUGGAUUUUGUUUGUUUUUCACAAAAAUGGUCAUUUGAGCUGUAAGGCAAAAGUGCAGCCUCCCAGGCUGAAUGGUGCGAAGAUUGGCGUCUUCUCCACAAGGAGCCCGCAUCGUCCCAAUGCCAUAGGUCUGACCCUGGCCAAACUGGAAAAGGUAGAAGGUGGAGCUGUAUACCUUUCUGGAAUUGACAUGAUUCAUGGCACACCCGUACUAGACAUAAAGCCCUACAUAGCUGAUUAUGACUCGCCACAAAAUUUGAUUGAGCCUUUAGGGGACUUUAAUGUACGGAAUAACCAACAUAAAACAAAAAGCAUGUCCCAGUUUGAUGGCAAGAGUGACAGCUGUGACCAGCGACAGCUCUCAGGGUAUGAUGAACCACCACCUUACAGAUGCACUAAGGAGAAACCUAAAUAUCCUGAAGACAGAACUUCGGGAGAAAACGACAUGAAACGCGACACAGCAAGAGUCCAGCAAAGCUCGCCUAAGCACCAGGAGAGAGCAGCACACUGGGGUUUAGGGUCAAGAAGUGGUCAAAGUCUGAGUGUGGCAGAAGAGCACAUUGACCCAUAUUGCCUGGAGAAGAGCUUUUCAGAGGAAGGAACAGAUAAGCGGCUAAGGGGAGGGAGAGAAGCAGUGGUCCCACGAGGAAACAGUGCUGAGAGGCAGCUGGUGGCUGCUCACUGCCCUUCCAGGAUGCGUGAUGCAGCCCACCGCAGUGUGAUUCCCGCCUGGGUGAGGGAGGCCCCUGUGGCCCCCUUGGAAGUCCGGUUUACACCGCACGCAGAGAUGGACCUUGGGCACCUCAGUUCAGAAGGUGAGCCAGAUGUCGGUCAGGCGUCAUUUAAAUAUUUUCAGUCAGCAGAGGAAGCAAGGCAUGCCAUCGAGGCUGUGUUGUCCGCCGACCCUCGAUCUGUGUACCGACGGAAGCUCUGCCAGGACCGUCUUUUCUACUUUACUGUAGACGCGGCACAUGUCACUUGCUGGUUUGGUGACGGCUUUGCAGAGGUUCUGAGGAUCAAGCCGGCUUCUGUGCCUGCUCAGAUGACUGACGGCGCGGAGUUCGCGGUGUCUCUGGGUUGUCGGUAGCGUCUGUCGUGUCUUGCAGCCCACCUCGUUGACUGGGGAGGUGGCUGCUGGAUUUCCUGUACAAGCUAAUGGUGGGCCUUCUUUGCAGAAAGAAGCAGCACUUUGUGAUCUCACUGCUCUGAUUGAUUUGGGUUGUUCAAAAUAUUUAUUUGAAAAACGUUUAAUUUUAUUUAAUAAAUUGAGAGAGAUGAAAUUUA